CCUCAUUACUUAUUGCUCUCAAAUCAGCCGCUACCCUACCCAGCCAUGUUUUCAGAGAUACUGAGCACCAAAAACAACACGCAUGUCAAUCCCUCUCUCUCUCUUCGUUGUCGUUUUUGUUUGACUCUCUGUGUCCCUCUAUAAAACCAAUACAAAACCCCCAUGCAAAAAGUAAUAACCCCAUUGUCGUCUCUCUAAUCUCUCUCACUUUUUCUCUCUCUUUUGCUCUCUCUCUCUUUAAAGUCAUAAACCCCUAAACCCUGGAAAAAAAAACAAAGAUCAAAAUGGACGGUUAUGAUGAGCAGCACGUGCAGGGUGAUUCGGCACGUGCCGCCGGGGAUGGUGCUGCUCCGGGGAGCACAAGUCGGUGGAACCCAACAAAGGAGCAGAUCAAUAUGCUUGAGAAUUUUUACAGGCAAGGCAUAAGGACGCCGAGCGCCGAGCAAAUACAGCAGUUGACAAGUAGGCUGAGGGCUUAUGGCCACAUCGAGGGCAAAAAUGUGUUUUAUUGGUUUCAAAAUCACAAGGCAAGACAGAGGCAGAAGCAGAAGCAAGAGAGCGUAGCUUAUCUUAAUCCCUUUUUCCAUAUGACAUCCCAGUCUAUGUUUCCUCCUCCUCCUCCUCCUCUUAAUCAUCAUCCUUGCCCAAAUGUGAUGUGCAGCCCAUAUUACAUACCAGUUCAGAAUGAAUUAGGGUUCUAUCAACAAUCUCCAUAUCCCUAUAAGGUGCCUUUUCCUGGUGGAGCCAAGGGGAAACCAAGGACAGAGAAAUCCGUUAAGCCAAGAACCACCCACACUGGUGGCUCUGGAUAUGAACCUAUGCCACACGGAUAUAGUACUAGCGGAGGCGGCUACAUGAUCAACGAUGUCGCGAACGAAUCGACCGGCAGAUGUGAUCAAGAAACACUGCCACUCUUUCCUUUGCAACCCACAGGCAUUUUACAAGGGAGAGAAUAUCAAAACCCUUCAUGUGGUUCUGGUACUGCUAAUUAUGCUGACAAUUCCACUGCUGCUCUAAUUGGCUCUAAUUCUGAGAUUGUUGGUGACCAACCUUUCUAUGACUUUUUCUCUGGAUAGAACAAGGGCUAUGUGUUUAGAGAUUGAUUGAAUUGCAGGAUUGCUAACGAUCAUUUUGACUACUUGUUUUUUUAAACUGGGCUGUAAUUGUUUGUAGUUGGGGUUUUAGUGAUAAUUAUUCAUGGACAUGUGCCUUAUCUUUCCU